GGGUUCGCGCUGUACGUCAGCAACGUCGCGUGGGAGGCGGGGUGGCAAGAUCUGAAGGACCACUUCGCGCGGUUCGGACGCGUGUCGUUCGCGGACGUCGCGAGGGAUCGAGACACCGGCCGGAGCUUGGGCCGGGGGAUCGUUCGGUUCGACGACGAGGCGUCCGCGCGACGGGCGAUAGUGUACGGGAACGGGACCGUGUUCAUGGGGCGGGAGAUCAACGUG